AACACUGACCUGAAGCUGCUCUUUAUCUGGCCAGGAUGAGAGUGCCAGUGCUUCUUCGCUUCGUGGCCCUCGUCUUUGUCCUGGUCAUCACGUGCGUCUUUAUUAGCAGCUACACCAGCUUCAACAUGAAAACCCUCCACUCUCACCGCUGGAUAAAUUUGGUCACCAAGGAGAAGCGGUUUGUGAAGAAUAAGUGCGGCCUCUUAAAAUCCUGUGCAGCCAACUUCUUUGCAUUUAAAAUGAACAGUGGGGCCGCCAGCGUUGUGGGUCCCACCUUGUGCUUCGAAGAUGAACUGAUCAUGAGUCCUGUAAAAGAUAAUGUGGGCAGAGGCCUGAACAUCGCCCUGCUGAAUGGAACCACGGGGAAGAUGCUGAAACAAGACUGUUUUGACAUGUACGCUGGAGAUCCUGCUUCCCUGGUGAAAUUCCUUAAAGAAAUUCCGGAGGGCGUGCUGGUGAUGGUGGCCUCCUACGACGACCCAGGGACCAAAAUGAAUGAUGAAAUCAGGGCGCUCUUCUCCAAAUUGGGCAGUAAAUAUGCAAAGGAAAUAGGCUUCCGGGACAGCUGGGUCUUUGUAGGGGCCCGAGACAUCAAAGAUAAAAGCCCCUAUGAGCUGUACUUAAAGAACCACCCAGACUUCAACAAAUACGAUGGCUGGCCGGAAAUGCUAGAGCUGGAGGGCUGUGUGCCCCGGAAGGUAUUUUAGGGUGGAUGUGGCUCUGCCUAUGUGAGGACCUGAAGAAAUGCCCCCUGACUUGGGAAUCGGAGCCCAGGCUUCAGGCCUGGACUGCAGGAGCUUGAGGAGAAGGGAGAGGAGCCGCAGAAUGGAAAUUGCUGAGGGCCCCCACUCUGUGUGCUUUCCUCUUAAGAAACAAAAUCCUCCCAGGACUGAGGCCCCCUGCAGGUGGUCAUCUGUGGAAAGAACAGGUGUGUCUCCCGUGGGGACUGCUGACUGGUGCUCUGCCCACACCUGAGCACAAUUAAAUUUUAUUUUUGCUGAUUUUUGCAUGAACUUUUUGAGUACUCCAUGUGCUCGUUUCCCCCUGGGGUGGACUGGUUCAGACUGGGUUUGCCUGGACCAUGAGUUCAGAUAGGCCAGUGGCAGCCUUGGGCAAGCUGUUAGGUAGCUGGGAAGAUCAAGCUCAUAGGGUUUCAUUCAGGCCUGAAAGGAUCUGUUGUUCCCACAUAGCAGUCACCGGAGGACUCCUAGUGUUGGGGGUGCGGUGAAUUCCUGCUGUGUUAGACCCAUAGCAACAGAGAAAGCCAGAGGAACAGAUGCGGAGGGCACUGUCUUCACUGGCUGUUUCAGGGAGAGCUGGAGGAGGCAGGUGGUGUGAGAAUGGCCAGAGCAAAAGGAAGCUGCAGGGGGACACGGGGGAAUAUAC